AUGGCUCACAGCCGCCUGCCCAAUGACUCCUGGCAGAAUGGCUCAGCCCCUCUCUUCACCGGCCUGGACCUCCUCCUGGAGCUGAAGCCGCUCUUCAUCCCCCUCUAUGCCACCCUGGUGGCAGUGGCCUGCACAGGGAACCUCUUCCUCAUCCUCCUCAUCGCCCUCACCAAGAAGCUUCACUGCACCACCAACUUCCUCAUAGGGAACCUGGCAGCGGCUGACUUCAUCAUGUGCCUGGCCUGCGUCCCCCUCACUGUCUCCUAUGCCUUCGAGGCACGGGGAUGGCUCUUUGGGAUGUUCAUGUGCUACUUCGUCACCCUGAUGCAGGCUGCCACCGUCUUCGUGUCUGUGCUGUCCCUCACGGCCAUUGCCAUUGACCGCUACGUGGUGGUGGCAUAUCCCAUCCGCAGGAGGAUCAGCCACAGGUCCUGUGUGUGCCUUGUGGCCUGCAUUUGGUUGCUGUCCAUCGUGGCCUCCAUUCCCACCUCGCUGCACACACACUACCUGGACCUCAACACCAUCGGCCACGACAUGAUCAUCUGUGAGGAGUUCUGGAGGCAUGAAGAGAGAGCACGGCUGCUGUACUCGUGCCUGAUGCUCCUCCUGUCCUAUGUGCUCCCAUUGCUGGCAGUGUUGGUCUCCUUCUGUGCCAUCACCUACCACCUGCGGAGGAGGAAGGUGCCGGGUGCUGCCUACCCCUGCCAAGGGAAGUGGACCAGAACCAAGCAGAAGACCUUUCGGGUGCUCACCAUGUCUGUGCUGUGCUUUGCUAUCUGCUGGCUGCCCCUCCAGGUGGUGAACUUCAUCAGAGACCUGGACGAGGACUUCACCAUCCUGGACAAGAGGUAUGUCAACGUCAUCCAGGUCUCCUGCCACCUGAUUGCCAUGAGCUCUGCCUGCUACAACCCGUUCAUCUAUGCCUCCCUCCACAACAAGUUCUGGUUCCAGCUCAGCAGCUGCUUCCACCACAAGAAGAGCUCCAGCACCAUGUCCUGCAGGGCUUCCCGGUUCAAUACCUGCUCCACACUGGCAGAUGCUCCUACUGGGGUCUCAGAUAAGAUCACUUUGCAAACCAGAUUGUCUUAAGGUCCUCGAGAGAUCAGUUUUGCUUUGGGACCUGUGUGCACUGUGCUUCAGACUGGAGCAGGUUGUGGUGGUGUGCUGCUGCUCCCAGGGCUCUUGUGCCUAACACAAGGCAAGGAACCCAUGGGCUUUGUGGUGGAGCUGCAAUGAGGAGCAUUGUUCUUUGGGAACACAAACCAGUGCAGCAUCAAGCACCACAACCAGGUAAAGGCAAUGGAAUUCCAGAGUAAUUGGGAGCAGGAUGUACCUGCCGGCCCAUGUGGACAUGCUGGGGCAGGAGGAGGUGUUUUCACCUGACCCAGACAGCAGGAAAGACCUGAGUGUCAAUGAAACAACAGCUGCUUGGUUCAUUGCAGAGGAACAAUGGGGUGAGCAAGUUUCCUAUGUGGCUUUUACAGCCCUUUUCCCAUCUCUUGGCCUGGGACAGGACACACAUCCUGGAUCUCAUCCCUGUCUGGGAUGGGGCA